AUGAAAGAUCGCUUUAUUUUUGGUGAUAGUAUACGGGAAAGUUCCGAGAAUAUGGCAUUAGAAUUUACUAAAGAUGCUACACAAAAAGAAUUUUUGCGAGAAAACAAAGAAUUCAAUGAUGUUAUUAAACCUAAAGAAGUAUUUGAUACUGCUGAAUUAGAUGGUAAUGAUGCACAUUAUACUAUGUUUGCUUUCUUGGAAAUUUGUAAAUUACCAAUAACAAAUGCUUCACCACCAAAAAUAAAAUUUUGA